AUGUCAUUUCCAAAUUCACCAGACACUGAUCAAUACAAGAAAGCGUCGCUUCUAGCUCUCGCGGACGAGCUCCUGCUCAUGAUUUUGGAUGGGCUUCCACUCAAGGCUCUGAAGGCAUUCGCCCUGACUUGCGAUGCCAUGAACAAGGUCGCCAGUAGUUUACUCUACGAAACCGUAAAACUCCGUCUCUAUAGUCCGGAUCUUACAAAGCUCAACAAAUUCGUUCGACUAGUAUGCACGCUAUCUUUAAGCAAGCGCGACCUUGGCCCCAACGUCAAGUAUAUGAAACUUAACUUCCACUCUGCCAGAAACACGGAUAUUCUUGCAGGCCAGCGCGUGCCGGAGGAGGAUCUUAAGCAGAUUUUGUCAAAAGAGUUUGCCGAUGGCCUCGAAGGACUUGUCCUUGAUGUACCCGACUUUGUUGAAAAGCUUAGUCGUGGUCUUCCACUGGCAUAUUACAGGCUUCUACUACUCUCCUGUUCCAACAUACGCGGCAUUUCAAUCAAAACAAAUCACCCGAUCGACGACAUCUGGUACUUCAACUUGAGCCUAUCACAGAACCAAGAACGGUAUAAACACAUAGAGCAGCUAAAUUGGUAUUUCGAUGGGGACUUCGAUGAACGUGCGAACGCAAAUGAUCGCAUGUUGUCAAGGUUAGGGCAACUGCAAUCUCUAAGCACGCUAAAAAUUGUAUUGAAUGUCCAGUGGGAGUCCUUUGGUUCCUCUCGAUUCCCUUUAGGCCACCUUCGCCACCUGGACCUCAUGGCAUGCGAAGCACCUCUUAAAUCACUGCAAAACCUACUCACGUCAACGCCAAAAUUAAUUUGUCUGAGGUUGGACCUAGUAGAAAACUUCAUGUCGCCCAAAGUCGACAGUCCGGAGGGGUUGUGCCAUAUCUUUGCUCAAACCCCCAAACACGUCACGCCCACUGAUCCAAUAUAUGCAGAGAAGGCAUGGCAGGCAAGCCUUCAAUCCCUUGCCAUACAAGUAAGGCCCCGGCGCUCUACCUCUAGAAAACAACCCCACCCUCCAAAUUGGCCAGGCUUCGGUAGAGGCAUUGGCUCUCUUAAGCACUUUUCAAGUCUCACGUAUUUGGAGGCCACGUCGGGGUUACUAUAUGGGAACGACCUACAGGCACCACCCAUACUCAACAGGGCCUUCCCAGAUAGUUUGAAAUGUCUUUGGUUGGACCGGUGCGAAUUCCUGAUAGAGAUGAGAUCCGCUGGCGAUCCCUUGCAAUAUUGUGAUAUUGCCAUUACUAUGAAACACUACGCGGAACGCCAGACACGAUUACCGAAUCUCAAGAGACUCGGUCUGGACCCAGAGAUAUAUUAUCGCGUGGAUAUAAAAGAGUAUCACAGGUACCAUGGAAUUCUGUCGUCUAGCCUCCAGCAGUGUGGAAUGGAGCUUGUGGACCAUAUUCGUAAUCAGUGGUGGGAUAGACCGGACCUCUUUCAGACCUUCGAGAAAGGAAAGAACCUCCCUUUUUCGUUCAACUGGGCCCAACCACAUUGA